CUUGAAUCUUGUCGCUUAAGAAAUAUAGUUCAGAUAUAAUUGGUUGUAUCAACAAUUUUCAUAAGUUAAUAAUAGAUGCAUCAUGGUUGUUUCAAAGGUACAAAUUGAAAAGCCCUAAUCUAAAAGGAUGAAGCAACGGGACAUUUUUCUAAAUAGUGAACAAAAGGGGAUCCUGUGUUUCACACACAAAAUGUCGGGCCCCCAGUGCUGUGAGAACCCACCAACUCUGAGCCCGAGCAGUGGAGUCGGGUCUGUUAUCGAUCUUGGCGGGCUCAAAACCUACGUUUCGGGCCCUUCGGAUUCCAAGCUAGCCGUCGUCCUCAUCGCCGAUGUUUUCGGAUAUGAAGCUCCUAACUUGAGGAAACUAGCUGACAAAGUUGCUGCUGAUGGUUUUUAUGUGGUGGUUCCUGAUUUCUUCUAUGGAGACCCAUAUGACCCUACCAAUGAAGACAGGCCAAUCCUAGUGUGGAAAUCACUGCAUGAACCAGCUAAAGCCUUUGAGGAUGCUAAACCUGUUAUCGAAGCUCUGAAGAGUAAAGGCAUAUCUGCAAUUGGUGCUGCGGGAUUUUGCUAUGGUGCAAAGGUGGUUGUGGAACUGAACAAAUCUGGGCUUAUUCAAGCUGGGGUUUUAUUGCAUCCAUCAUUUGUUACCGUGGAUGAUGUCAAGGAGGUUAAAGCGCCGCUAUCUAUUUUGGGGGCUGAGAUUGACCAACUCUCACCCCCAGAGCUUGUUAAACAGUUUGAGGAAAUCCUAUCAUCAAAACCUGAGGUUGCCAGCUUUGUGAAAAUAUUUCCGGGUGUCUCCCAUGGAUGGACAGUGAGGUACAAAUUGGAUGACGAGAAAGCUGUGAAAUCUGCCGAGGAAUCUCACCAAGAUAUGCUUGAUUGGUUUACUAAGUAUGUCAAGUGAAGUCUGAAAUGCUUUUUCAACAGUUUGUGAUUCUUAUUUGUACUUUUAACUGAACAAGAACUUGAACAUAUACGAACCUUGUAUUGAUAAUCGGUGUUUGAUACAAUAAUUACUCCAGGCCUUCAAAGCUUUGACCAAUCUUUUGAAUAUGCAAUACUAACACUAUACUAACAAUACAUAUGGAAUUUGAAAGGGUUUUGGGAAUUUGGGAAUUUGAAGAACACAAAAGAAAGGAAAAGCUAUGAAGCUUAAACCGUUUUGAAUGCUCUCGGCAUUUGGAGAGGAAAGAGAGGAAAGGAGAGGAGAGGAGAGGGAAGGAGAGAAAGCUUAUGGGAGAAGUAAAAGAGAGUAGUGUGGUGUGUUGGUGUUCUAUGAGUUGUUCUCCAUGGUGUGGUAUUUAUAGAAAAAAUUUUAAGAGAUGAUGGGUUGGGGGUGGGGUAGAAUGGUGUUAUUUUCUUUUUAUUCAUGAUUUUUCUUUUGAUUUUUCUGAUUUUUCUCUUCUUCUUU